GUCUCCAGCUCCUGGCAGGGUUUCUGUCAAGAGAGAGGCCGUCAACAGAAUGGAAAUCAUCCAUUGCCUCUCAUUAGCCACUCUGCUUUCUUCUUUGCUGUCACACCCAGUGAUAAGGAUGCAGUUUGAAGAUGCUCAAUGAAGCCUUGAUGAAAGAAUAUAGUCACACAAUCAUAUAAUUCACAGAACGCAUCUUGUCAGAACUGGCUGGCUGCAGAGAGCAUCUUGAAAAAGUACUAUCUGUCCACAUUUUAUGGGAUUGAGUUCGUUGUCGGGAUGCUCGGGAACAUCACAGUGGUGUUUGGCUACCUCUUCUGCCUGAAGAACUGGAAUAGCAGCAACGUGUAUCUCUUUAACCUUUCUAUCUCCGAUUUUGCUUUCCUGUGCACGCUUCCCAUGCUGAUACGGAGCUACGCCAAUGAGAACUGGAUCUAUGGAGAUGUUCUCUGCAUAGGCAACCGCUAUGUGCUUCAUGCCAACCUGUACACCAGCAUCCUCUUCCUCACUUUUAUCAGCAUCGAUAGAUACCUGCUCAUGAAGCACCCUUUCCGAGAACACAUUCUGCAAAAGAAGGAGUUUGCCGUUUUAAUCUCUUUAGCUGUCUGGGUCCUGGUGACCUUAGAAGUCCUACCCAUAUUCCCUUUCAUCAACACAGAAGGGACGGACAAGGACACCAGCUGCAGAGACUAUGCAAGCUCUGGAACUCCUAAGUACAGUCUCAUUUACAGCCUGUGCCUGACAUUGUUGGGAUUCCUCAUUCCUCUCGCUGUGAUGUGCUUCUUCUAUUACAAGAUGGUAGUCUUCCUAAAAAGGAGGAGCCAGCAGCAGGUGACUGCCGUGCCCCUGGACAAGCCUCUGCGCCUGGUGGUCCUGGCGGUGACCAUCUUCUCUGUGCUCUUCACACCCUACCAUAUCAUGCGCAAUGUGAGGAUAGCCUCGCGCAUGGAUAGCUGGCCACAGGGAUGCUCGAAGGAAGUCAUCAACUCCUUAUACAUUGUGACCCGGCCUCUGGCUUUUCUGAACAGCGCCAUCAACCCCAUCUUCUACUUUCUCAUGGGAGACCACUUCAGAGAGAUGCUGAUUAAUAAGCUGAGGCAGUACUUCAAGUCUUUUACGUCCUUCAGGUCGUGAGCUGCUGGGUGCCGGCCUUCACUCGGCCAAAUUGCUCUGCAGCUGAGUUAGUACCAAGUAAACCACUGUCUCCAGGGUUUAGCUCCCCCGCCACACACAAUGCUGGAGUAGAAACUGUGCCUGGACACCCAACUAGUCUGGUUAAAUAGGUACAUAUAUACCAGAAGAGCAACUAUCUGUCCUUCUUUCAGAUUGUACUCAAAAUAUGGGAAAAUAUGCAUUAAAAAGUAUUGAUACCUUCACCUAAGAACUGAAGAAGGUGAACUAAAGGUGUCAAUGCCUGGGCACUUAAGAUCCAAAACCUUGGAACUUUUAAGAACUUUUCUAUCAGUGUAAAAGGAAUAAAAGAUAGAUGAUAGAUAGAUAGAUAGAUAGAUAAAUAGAUAGAUAGAUAGAUUAUCAUGCUGCAUGCAUUGCAUAAUUGGCCAGGUUGAUAAACAUGUUUAGGAAAUAUUCUCCACUAUUUUUAUUCUUGCAAUAUGAAAACAUGUGAAAAAUAAAUAGAACUCAAUAUACACCAUUAACUGUUAUUUUUAGAAGUUAUUUUCUUGAAAAAUGUAAAUAAGAGCAAGGCUUAGUAAAGCAAUAUAAUUAGUUUCUCUGUGCUGAUCAUGAACUUUAAUUUAUCAUUAAUGUACCAAUCCUUUUCUUUUAGAUGGGCUAUAGCAAAUAAGGAUCUUAGUUUAGAUUAGUGGGAUGUAAAAUGUUCAACGAAGGUAUAAGGUAUCUUCUAAUUUGGCUCUCACAAAAUUUGUCCAUGAUGAAAGUCCAUAGUAAAUUUACUCAAAUAUUGAAGAAACACGUGAUGGACAGAUUCAGAAAUUCCACCAUUAUAGAACUUUAAAUGUGUUGGAAUCUCACAGCAAAAUAAAGCACACCAAGAAGAAUUUACUGUUUCUAUGA